AUGGUGAACAAAUUCAAUGCUCAUAUGUUCACUCCUCUAAUGAGAAAAUUAAGUAAGCAGAAACUAAAGCCCUAUUAAAGACUAUACUAUGAGUCACUAAGACGCACCUUCUUUUGUGUUUCAGACAAAGUAGAUGUUAGUGGAAGUACGUUCACAGCUGUCUUUGCUGGUAUUUAUGCAUUUACCAUUAUCGGGAAUCUAUUCAUAUUUAGAGAGAUCAACCAAUUCAAUUUUUACCUGAUUGGAAUACCUUACUUUAUAUACAUGAUGUUUUGCUUGACAGCAUACAGAGACAGAAGAGAACUGUGCUUCUACUGCAAAUUUACAAUUGCUCAGAACUUUAUUAGCUUGUUUAUGAUUUUGAAAUUCUAUCUGGAAAGCACACCAUUUGCAUAUUUCUGGAUUACCUCAUUCAUAUUCGUUCUUGCAAUACUAAUAAAGGGACUAUAACUUCAAGAGGAAAAAAGGCGCAGAGAAAAGAGGCAAGAUGAGAUUAAAAAAAUGAAUCAAACUCUUUUUGACUAGAUGAGUUGA